AUGGCAAAACAAUACCAAACUCUCUUCCUAAUCCUCACAGUCUCAUACCUCUUCUCGCCGGAGCUCACCGUCGCCACAGCAGCCACACCGACCGGAGUUUCCAAGAAAGCCGUAAACUUCAUCCAAUCAUCUUGCAAAACCACCACAUACCCAACCGUAUGCGUCAAUUCUCUCUCUUCGUACGCAAACGCAAUCCAAACAAGCCCUAAACGUUUAGCCGAGACGGCUCUAGCUGUUACACUGAACCGAGCUCAAUCCACUAAGCUCUUCGUCUCGCGUUUGACUCGUUUCAAGGGUCUUAAGAAGCGCGAGGUCGAAGCAAUCAAAGAUUGUGUCGAGGAGAUCAAUGAUACUAUAGACCGUUUAACCAAGUCGGUCCAAGAGCUAAAACUAUGUGGUGUUGCCACAGGUAAAGAACAGUUUUCAUUCCACAUGAGUAAUGCUCAGACUUGGACUAGUGCGGCUUUGACCGAUGAGAACACUUGCUCGGAUGGGUUUUCGGGUCGGGUCAUGGAUGGACGGAUCAAGAACUCGGUUCGGGCUAGAAUUGUUCACGUGGGGCAAGAAACCAGCAACGCCUUGUCCUUGAUUAAUGCAUUUGCGAAAAAGAACUAA